CAGUAUUACAACUGUCCAAGCCCAGGUCAUGGGCCAUUCAGGAUAACAAUUCUCGGCAGCUGAGCUACUGUGUGUGUACGGACCUGCGUUUCAUACGUAUUUUCCAGUUUUGCUUCUUCGAGCAAUACCAUUUAUACGAACAACUCUAAGCCUAGAAGUACAACUGUAGCCAUGUCUCUGUUGGUCUUUUUCUUUAUUUUACUGUGGCAUGAGACAGUGAACUGGGGGAUGAAAGAUGGAGUUCUGCACAAUUCAAUUUGGUUAGAACAAGCCGCUGGUGUUUAUCACCGAGAAUCACGCAAAGGAAGAUACCAGCUUACUUUGAGAGACGCUAAAGUGCUUUGCAACCAUGAAGGUGGCAACCUUGCAACAUACAAUCAGUUAAUGGCAGCCCAGAAAAUAGGGUUUCACGUGUGUGCAGCUGGAUGGCUUGCUCGAGGAAAGGUCGGUUACCCAAUAGUAAAACCUGGACCCAACUGCGGACAUGGAAAAACUGGUAUCAUUGACUAUGGAUAUCGAGUUAACAAAAGUGAACAAUGGGAUGCUUACUGCUAUAAUCCAAAUGCAAAACAAUGUGGUGGUGUUCUAACAGAUCCAGAGCGUAUUAUCACUUCUCCAGACUACCCAAAUGAAUAUGAACAUCAACAGAUCUGUUACUGGCACAUCCGAAUAAAAUACAAGCAACGUGUUCAUAUACGUUUUCUGGAAUUUGAUGUAGAAGAUGACCCUUCCUGCUUGUCUGACUACCUUGAAAUAUAUGAUAGUUAUGAUGACGUGCUGGGCUUUGUUGGCAGAUUUUGUGGAGAUCAGUUACCAGAGGAUAUCAUUAGUACAGGCAAUGUUAUGACUUUGAAGUUCUUGUCAGAUUCAUCAGUUUCAGCAAAAGGUUUUGUUCUUAUGUAUCAAGCCAUCAAUUCACCAACUCAUUUUUCAGACCCUGAUUCAAAAAACAGUACGAGGCAAUGAAAUCACAAGGAUGCCCAGAUAUCUAAUCAGACCUGCUGUUCAAAGAAUUGAAUUACUCGUCUCAUCACAGAACAAGAUUAAGCUUGGAAUCUCUUAGUUUUACUCUUAAUGUUACUUGGCAGUUUAGAAUAAAUUAAUCUAACAGAAACAUGUUUUUUCAAUAAUAG